ACGCAAAUAUUGUGAACCUGUGUCUCCGAGUAGAUCCAAUUUUAUCAAAAACCAGAAUUUCCCGCCACUCCAGAAGUUAGCUUCCUCCACACACACAGACUUAACAAAUGGAAAAGAAAGAGAAGAAAGGAAGCAAAGCAGUGAUGGAAGCUGAGAAACGAAGGCUCCUUAGAGAUAGAGAACCACUCUCCGACUCUACCAACCUCACCACCACCGCUGCCAGAGCCACUCGCAAACCCAAUCUCUCAUCAAUCUUCACAAAAUCGCUUCCCGGAACCAACCCUAGCGCGAAUCUCAAUGAUGCCAAUGAUUUCAGAAACCCUAGCUCCGCUUCUACGCCGUCGAUGCCGGCCAAAGCUUCGUCCGCUCACGUUACGGGUGAUCGUGAGGUACCCGAGCCGUGUUCAGUUUACAGUCGUAGAGAGACUGCCCAUAAAAAAAAGGGUAAAGAGAAGGCAAUUGCCGGGCCUUUGAGUUGCCCUCCUGCAGUAAAGACCCGAAAUAUUCGGAACAUAGACAAAGACGGAGAAAAAGGUCAAUCCCAGGCAUGUACAGUGCCUCCUAAAAAGAAGCAGCGUCUUCUAGACAUUUCAGACCAUGCCUUGCCUCAAGACUUCAUUAAGCAGCAGAGAGAGUACUUUGCGGAAAUUGAUGCCUUCAAACUGGAAGAGGAAGAGGUUGAGUCAAGUGAACAGUUAGAGUAGAUGGAGGAGUGUUAUGGUUCAUCAUUUCAGAUAAGCAAUAAAGGCAAGCUAACCUUCUAAUAUUACCUGUAUAGUUACAAUAGGGUAAUUUUGACAAUUCCUGGUGCAAGUACCAUCUUGGUCCCAGUUAUAUUAGUGAAAAAAAGUUCUUGAUAAUCUCUUUUAGGUUGUCUAGCAUACACGUUGUACAGUCAGGGGCGGAACCAGGAUUUUGAG